AUGGAAGGUAAAGGUGACCUGAGCAGUGAAGAGGCACCUGAUAUGAUCAAACCCACAAGGAAAGCCUUCAUCAAAACCCAGGGAUUCGGAAGAACAACUGUUGCUAAGCGAGAGAGUGUGGGAGAUGUGGAGGCAGGCUCACAGGGGCAGCAGCCCCCUCGGCAGCACAGCCUGGCCUUGGGACGCAGUGGGAGGUGGCCACAGUGCACCGAGCCAGUAGAGGAAUCCCUUACAAUAGUUCAGCGCCGAGGAAGGAAGAAUGCUCAUGUCUCCUUUGAAGAUUCCAGUGAGCCAAUGUCUUGUCCAGUCCCAGAUGUUGAAACUGCCUUGGAAGGGAGGAUAGGAAGUACCUCUGAGAUGAAAAGUGGCCCCCAUUCUGGUUCCUUGAGUGUACAGGAGCGACCUGCCUCUUCUGGAAAGGGCACAGGAAGCAAGGAGAAGGAGGACACAUCCGACAAUGACAGUGAUGGCCUGACUUUGAAGGAGCUUCAGAAUCGCCUUUGGAGAAAGCAAGAGCAAGAGCCACCUGACAGACCCCUGAAAGGCAUCCAGAAUCACCUGAGAAAGAAGCGUCGGGAGGAGAAUCCCACAGACACUGUGCAUGUCGAGGCAGGAACUACUGUCGAGAAUGCUCUGCCCAGCAAGCAAGAGCCAGAGACUGUCCAGAGGGUUGUGUCCCAGGCAGUGACCGAUGACCAAGAGAGUCAGCGGGAGAGGGCAGCAGCUUAGCAAUUUAAAGAUGAAGAGAGCAGGGACUCGGGCAAGCCUAAGCCUGAAUGUGAGCUGCACGACCCCAACACCCUGGACCGCAUGUGUCUCCAGCCUCGUAACAAUAGGUUUAUGAGUUGCUGUGACCGAUGUGAAAAACGGUUUCGUGGUGAUUGUGGGGGCGCUUCUCAGGCUCGAGGAAGGCUUUUGGAAAGGAACAGGGAAGGUUAUAUCUGCCCAAACUGCACUGUUCUGCAAGUGCAGGAUGAGACUAAUGCAGAAACCACAGAUCGUCGGGAAACUAAAUUUAGACCUGGAGAUGCUGAUGACACAGAGUUUACAAGUACAGGAACAGUGGAGCAAAAAUCUAGUGAAGACCGAAAGAUAAAGAGGAGAGUUGAGAAAGCUGCAAAUCCAAGUGGCAAGAAAAAACUCAAGCUUUGCCAGCCUGUGGUAGAGGCUCCAGGCACCUCCAGGUGUACCAGACCUGGGCGCUCCACUGUGGUGCAGCCCAACCUGGCCUACUGCAGCAAGGACCGCAUUCUUAAACAUGCUGCAGCUACUAUGAAAUGCUUAAGUUCAGGCAAAGAACAGAAGCCAAAACCUAAGGAGAAGAUCAAGAUGAAGCCAGAGAAGCUCCGUCUUGCACAGUAUAGUGUUCAGGGAGGCAUUAAAAGCUCUUCUCUGCACGAGAGACCAGCUCUAGAAAAAAAAGGAGGCACAGUGAAGAAGGCGGUGGUAGCUUUUUCUAGGAGCAAAUCCCUCGGGAAGGAGACAACUUGUGAAAGCAGCAUGUCGUCCUGGGCUAGCAACCAGAAUUACAGUGCAGUAAAGCUGGAAAAGAUUUCCACUGUCUCGUCAUCACUGUUGUGUAAACCCAGAAAGGCAGACGGAAGAGCAGAGGAGAAGGCAGCGGUGGCCUCGGGCUCAAAGAGAAAAGCCCGCCCGGGCUGCUUGGUGGGCAAAGGACCAUCGCCAAGACAUCUCGCUCCAAAGAAGUCUCCUCCUUUUGCUAAUGUGGCAGCAGCUCAACCGUCCAUUAAAAAGGCACCCUCUAGCUUCAAGGGCACCAUCUCCCAAAAGCUGUGGCUCUCGGCCACCCCAUCAGGUGGCACUUCUGCUGUCAGGCAGACGGCGGCUUCCAGACAGUUCCCUAGAUCUGCUGUUUUGGUUGGUGCCAUUGGGAAGCCGGUAACAACUUCUCUCCCUGUGGCCUGCCCGUCACAACCCAGUUCACAAAUUCGGCAGAAUAUAAGACGCUCCUUGAAAGAGAUUUUGUGGAAAAGAGUCAGUGACAGUGAUGACUUAAUCAUGACUGAGAAAGAAGUAGGAAACAUCACCCUUCAUCUGGAGAAGGAAAUAUUUAACUUGUUUCAAGUUACAGAUAUUCGCUACAUGAGAAAAUACCGCAGCCUCCUGUUCAACCUCAAGGAUCCUAAAAAUCAGGGACUCUUCCGUCGUGUUUUGCAUGGAGAAAUCUCUUUGGCAAAACUUGUGAGAAUGAAGCCAGAAGAACUUGGAUCUAAGGAAAUUUCCCGGGGGAAAGAGAAACUGAUGACAUCUGUGAUAGAAUCCAGAAGUAAAUUGUGCCAUGAAAGCAAAAAGACUGACAUUAAACAGGAAACCAUUCCCAAUAUAAAAGAUUAUACACCCGUGUCAGACUUAGGUGAACAGCAAGAAUCAGUACAAGCUGUCCCUGAAAAAAGCCCCCAGCCCCUUCUGGACAUUCGUAGCAGUUUGUUGAAAGACACAACAAGCCACCAUGAGGCGCAUCUUUUUAAUCUAAAUUGUAAAAUCUGUACAGGUCAGAUUUCCUCAUCAGAAGAUGAGCCACCUCUGAAAAAACAGAAAUUGUUAGCUUCUGCUAAGAAAGAAGACUUAAAAUCCAAGUGUACCAACUCUCCAUCUGAUCCAGUUCCUAACUCAGCUGAUGAAGGGAUACCAGGAACUCUGCCCAGAAAUGCUUCUGAGCCAGACCUGGAAAGUGCUUCUCAUCCAGACCUGGAGAGAAAGUAUUUCCCUGGGCCCCCAGGAGAUGUCAUUCCUGAGCUCUCCCCACUGGAAGGCCGUGGGAAUGCGGUUGUCACCACUGUCGUCAUGUCCAGCUGGGACUCCAGGACUGCUCCAAGUGGAUCGUGCACAGUCACAGCCUCCAUAGCAGCCCAGCCAGACAGUGCCCAUGUGGUAGAAACCAAACAAGACACACCGAUGCCUGCUUUGACUUCUGUGAUGGUGCCCAGGUUCAUACUGGCUAAGCCGUCCUCAUCCCCUGACCCAGGACACUUGUCAGUUCCAUCACAGAAUAUCACUGUCUCAGGGUCACAUUCCUCUGCAGAAGGAGAUACGAACCGCUUUUUAUCUGAACUCAGCACCGUUUGGAAAGGAUUUAUUAACAUGAAAAGUGUAGCAAAAUCUCUCACUAAGGCAUAUCCUGUCUCUGGGUGUUUUGAUUAUCUCAGUGAGGACUUGCCCAACAUAAUUCACAUCAGUGGGAGGAUCGCACCGAAGAUGGUUUGGGAUUAUGUUGGUGAACUCAAGUCUUCUGUGUCUAAGGAGCUCUGUCUGAUCCGCUUUCACCCCCUGACAGAGGAAGAAGAGGUUGCCUACAUUUCUCUCUACUCCUACUUGAGCAGUCGUGGCCGUUUUGGUGUUGUACCUAAUAAGACCAGGCACAUCAAGAACCUCUACCUCAUCCCACUGGGUGCUAAGGACCAUAUUCCAUCUGCACUCUUGCCCUUUGAGGGACCAGGUCUUGAGUCACCAUGUCCAAAUAUAAUCCUUGGGUUAGUAAUCUGUCAUAAAAUAAAACGUCCUUCAAGUGCUGGAGAAUUAGACAAAAUUGAGAAGAAACGGCCCCGACUUCAACAGGAAGAAGUGGAAGGUUCCAUCUACCCCAAGAUAACUGCAGCCCCGUGGUCUGAGGAGAAGCCUUCCAAGUGUCCCCUGUACCCUGCAGGCACCGCUGUCGGCACCGCACCCACAGGGUACCCUCCACCUCCACCUCCACCCUCUCUUCCAGAACCAUCAGAGUUAAAAAUACAGUCAUCCGUCAAGCCAGAAGCUACCCAGAUUGUCACAGCCUCCACUAAGCGAGCAGCAGUCACUACAGCAAAUUCCUCUGUUGUGUCACCGCUGGAAUCCAUCUUGCAAAUUCUCUUCAGAAAGAAGAAAUCAUCUGAGCCCCCUGCCAAGGAGUCUGUCGGAGCUCUUCCUUCCUUCCACCAGGACUCCAACACCAAGGCAGACGACGGGGUGUCCGCAGCUCCUUGGCCAGAUCCGACUGUUCAGCAGUUUGGUCAGUUCUCAAAGGCUCAGGCUCUAGAGGAAGAGGAGGAGGAUCAGCCGCACAGCCCUGAAGAAGAGCAGAACCUGGAGAGAGCCUUGGAUGCACAGCUCGCCAAGCGAGGGAAAAUAGUGAUUAUUAGUUAAAAAACUACAAACUAAAUAGAAAACUUUUCACUGUGAAGUACAAGAUAUGCCUGUUGUAUUUUUCAAGUCCUUCUGAAGUGUGAAAUAAGAGAAAACCUGGCUAAUUUAUUUGACUGUACAAAUACAUGUUGAUAAUUUUUAUAUUUUCAUGAACUUUUUCAGAUGCAAAAUUAGAGAAUUUCAUAUGUUCUUUUGGAGUCUAUUGCAUUACACAUCACUACAGAUUUUCACUUUAUAGCACAAAUUUUUAAGGAAAUAUGGAGAACAUGUCUAUUUGGGGUGUUUGUGUUAUAAACCAAGUGUCGCUAUGUUAAAUUACCUUAAAGCAGGGGUCAUUUCCAAUAUUUAAUAUG